AUGUCAGAAAGGCAUUCAGGUCAAGCUGGCACUGGAGCAGGAAAUGAGGUAGACUCUCCUAUUGUCAAUGUCAAGGACUCCAGCUCUGGAGACUUGUGUUCCACAUCUUCAUUUCAAGAUAGUGGCUACAGUGAGCUGUUAAAAUCUUGCAGCUUUGAUAAUACAGAUAAAGAAUUUUUUGGAAAGAAAGAAAAAGGCUCAACAUUAAUCCAUGAACAUCCUGAAACUUCCAGCCUGGCCUUAACACCUAAUUUAGAGUCUCCGACUCAAAAAGUAAGAUUUGUCUUCCCUAGAAAGGAAAAGGAUAAAACUCCAGAACUUUGCGAAACUCCUAAAGUCAGUGGAAAAAAAUUUUUACUGCGCAGAAGAUUGGACAUAUCUUUCUCUUUUCUAAAGGGGGACUUUGAAUCACAAAAUAGUUCUCUUGAAAGUAGUAUAAGCCAAGUUCCCAAUUUAAACAAAAAUAUUCCAAGCACUGCUUCAGGUUUGUCAAGGCAAAAUAAUUUCAAUUCUUUAGUUAAUAGCACUUUGAAAACAGAAGAAGCAACUUCCAGCAGUCAAAAAUUGAGGCUUAAUUUUUCUCAACAGAAAACUUCCACAGUUGAUGAUUCCAAAGAUAAUGGUAGCCUAUUUGAAGUUGAAUGUAUAUCUCCAAUUCAGGGCAGUGGUUUUAAAGAUUCUUUCACACAUGACUUCAGUGAUAGCAGUCUAUGUGUUAACGAUGAGAAUACACAUCCCAAACUUCUGGGCUCCUCUGUUAGUGGAACAACAUAUGGAACAGAUGAAGACAUAUUUGUGACUCCAAUAAGUAAUCUUGUAGCAAAUAUUAAGUUUACCGCAAGUCAAAGGCUUACUCCUUCAACUGAAGUGAGACGCAACAUUUCAACACCCGAAGACAGUGGUUUUAACUCUCUUUGCUUGGAUAAAUCAGGAGAUUCCCUCUCUGACCAAGAGGGUUCUUUUCAAGAACUACUUCAAAAACAUAAUGGAGCUCUCAAAGUUGGGGACACUGUAAGGAAGUCAAGGCAUCUUGAAAGGUUGAGAAGACUGUCCACCCUUCGAGAGCAAAGCUCACAAUCAGAGACAGAAGAAGAACAGCUGGUCAACCACUCUGGUCCUGAAACAACACCAGCGGUGGCUUCAGACAGCUCAGAGAGUCAGCCAAGCAGUGAUAAUAAGAGUGAGGAUUUGAUUUUAAGCUUUCCAAAUUUAUCAAAGACCCCAGCUUUGCAAUUAAUGCAUGAGCUCUUUAUGAAAAGCAAAAGGAAAAGAUUCCAGCAAAAUGGUGCCCAUGAAUUGUUAGAAGAAAGGGACGGGGAGAGAAUAGCUGUACUACAGCGUGUACUUGCAGGACUGAUUGGCAAGAAAAUGGGUAUAGAAAAACUGGACAUCUUAACAGAAUUAAAAUGCAGAAAUUUAAAGCAUAUUCUUGCUAUGGUUUUGGACUCUUUGACUGUAGAAAGCCUGUGCAGUGUUUUCUCUGUACAGAUCCCUGAUUCAUCUCCUAUUAUCCACCAGAACUGGAAUCUCCUCUGUGUAAGAAACCUUCGAAUUAUGUCCCAUAGCAAACUUCGGAAAGAUUCAUCUCUACUUAGACUUUGGCUUGAAAGGGAGCUUGGUAAACUCCAGUCCGUGGGCCAAAUCCUGUCUGUCACCUGUGUUUUUAAAGGGGCUAUAUUAAAUGUUGAGGAUGCUGCCACUCGGCUCCAUGUUUUAAAUCGAUCAGCUUUAAGAUCUGUGCAAGCACAGGCUAGGACACCAGGUUUUCAGAGAGAACAAAUUUCAACAUUUUCUCCUUGGGGAGAAGUUUUGACACCUGUAGCAAGUUCUGCUGUUACUCCCUUAAGUAGUAAACAGGAAGAAUAUGUUAAGGUUGCCAAAACACUUUUUAUUGAUGAAGCAUUAAAACCUUGCCCAAGGUGCCAGUCCCCUGCUAAGUACCAGCCCUAUAAGAAAAGGGGACUGUGUAGCCGCACCGCCUGUGGUUUUGACUUUUGUGUGUUAUGUUUGUGUGCUUAUCAUGGGUCUGAAGAAUGUAGUAGAGGAGCAGCAAGGCCAAGAAAUAGAAAAGAUGCUCUUCCAGGAAGUGCCCAGAGUAAGCGGAAUCUAAAACGCCUCUAA